AGCCUCAUCUCAUCAAUCCAUCAACAAUCAUCACCACUGUCACCGAAAAGCAUUAACAACAUGAAGAUCACCUUCUUCCUCUUAGCACUCUUAGCUUUGGUAGCAAGCGCUACCGCCUUUUCGCGGUACGCCGACGUCCGUACUGGGCAGGAUCCGCACGUUCGCGGUGAUAAGGGCAUUAGUUCUGAGCAGCAAUGCCAUCAGGAGCAGAUGAAGCUAGACUCCUGCAAGGACUACGUGACGGAGCGGUGCACGCUGCCAGGGGAGAUACCGUUCACUAAGCCAUAUAAAUGGGGGAAGGGCAGCUGCCAAGAGGUCAAGAACCAGUGCUGUCAAGAGCUAGAGAAGACAUCAUCAGAGUGCCGAUGCAAGGCCGUAUGGAAGAUGAUCGAGGGCGAGCUUGGUGGCUUCUGGGGUGUCCCGCAGAGUCAGGUGAAGAAGGUGCUCCAGGCAGCGAAGAACCUUCCUUCCAUGUGCAACAAGGGCGAAGCCUGCGACAUCCCCGUCGCGAAUGGCUAUUACUACUACUACAACUACUGAUGGAGAUGCAUAUGAUAUUGUAUCUCAAUUUCCCUUGGUGUGUGUCAAUUUCGGUUGGUGUGUGUAAUAAAAUGUCACAUACCAUACCAGUGUAUGUGACCAAUAAAGGUGGUCAUGGGAUAGUGCUUGAAUAAAGGUUUCUAUUGCAGACAUCCGAUUGUAUAUGCG